GGGACAUGCUGUGAAGGAGGCAGGGGAAAAACAGAGCGAGGAGAGACAGACAGAGAGGAGAGAGACGGGAGAGGAGGAGAGAUGAUCCUUAUUCUUCUCUGCCUCUCAGUCAAGCCUGUGGCAUCCAUCCUUCUGCAUCCCUCCAUCCCUCCAUCCCAGACAAUGUCGGACAUUCCUCCAGAUCAGCGCUUAAAGCUUGGAUGGUGAAACCGGAAGCGUGACUGCAUCCCAGAGGAACUACACGACCCAGAAUUCAGCUGUUCGAGGGAACAAACUCUCUACCACUUUCUCCACCUUUAGCCUAAAAACUUACAGCCAGAAAUAUCCACAGUACACGGUUACCUCACCAUGACAAGGACUUUGCACCUCUGGAAGAGUAAAAAUCUCUAGCAAAUUCUGUCGCAAUUCUUCUCUUCUCGUUUAUCACCGGUCACAAGACCCCAUACUGAUACUGAUACAGAUGCUGUCACCCUGGAGGAUUAACAUGGCUCUGAAACCGAUGGAUGUGGAAGCCAUUAAGCGCUUCAAUUAACUAGAAAGAGAAACAUUAACAAGGACUCUCUGUCUCUAAACGAAACACAACAAAACAACAACCAAAAAACAGCCGAAAGUUCUCCGCUCUGAUCCCGUCUGGUCAGCGUGGGCGGGUUUAGGCUGCGCAACAAUUUGGGGUUAGGAGUGCAAUGCGGAUUGGAGGAUGUCGGGGGAUUGGGAAGAAGACGUGUGCAAGAAAGCGCUGGUGCUGGUGGAGGAGCUGUGCUUCCGCUCUGGAGGAUACAGUCAGAGCGCCAGCUGCCAGGAGUUUAGCUACAUGAUGAGGGGAAGCAACGGACAUAUCGAUACAGAGAUCUCUGUCAGCCUACUCUCCGUCAUUGUGACGUUCUGCGGCAUCGUGCUGCUCUCUGUCUCGCUGUUCGUCUCCUGGAAGCUCUGCUGGUUGCCAUGGAGAGACAAGGAGGGCGGUGGCCUCAGCCUGACAGCCGGGCUCCUCCCCGGAGGGGCGGGGCUUCACGGGGUAGCCGGAGGCUCCUCCCUCCUCCCUCCUUUACUGCACAGGAAAGACACGCACUCUUCGUCGUCUCUCUAUCCGUCUCUGGCCCAGGCCGGACAGCACCACCCGCACUUCUCUGACCUGAUGGGGGUGGAAGGAGGAGGGGCUAUGGUGGUGGGCGGGGUCGUGGGCGGGCCUCAGGAAAUGCAGGAGCACUCCUACCUGGACAUGGACUCUUACCCCAACAAUGCAGGGAAUAUUAAACUGAGCCAGACGUCUCCUGAACUGCCGCCACCUGAGGGAGGAUCUGCUGCUAAAGACCUGGCCAACGCCCACUCUCAGCAGGCCACGCCCAGGCCCAAGCCCAUGACUCAUCAGCUCUCCAGUCCUGAUUUCCACGGAGAGGAGAAGAGUGAGCAGGUGACGUGUAUCGGUCAGAUAAAGCCGGAGCUGUACCGUCCACGGCAGGGUGAGCAGGGUGACGGGAAGCAGGGCGACACGUGCGGAAAAAUCAGCUUCCUGCUCCGCUACUCUUUCAAUACGGAGCAGCUGGUGGUGAAGAUUCUAAAAGCUCUGGACCUGCCGGCUAAAGACGCUAACGGCUUCUCAGACCCGUAUGUGAAGAUCUACCUGCUGCCUGACAGGAAGAAGAAGUUUCAGACCAAGGUGCACAGGAAGACCCUGAACCCGGUGUUUAACGAGACGUUCCAGUUCGGUGUCCCGUUGGCCGAGCUUCACUCUCGCAAGCUUCACUUCUCCAUCUACGACUUUGACCGUUUCUCCAGACACGACCUGAUCGGCCAGGUGGUGGUGGAUAACCUGCUGGACUUCAGUGAGGGCAGCGGGGAGAAGCCGAUCUGGAGGGACAUUGUGGAAGGAACGGCGGAGAAAGCUGACCUCGGGGAGCUGAACUUCUCACUGUGUUACUUGCCGACAGCCGGCCGACUGACCGUCACCAUCAUCAAGGCCACCAACCUCAAAGCCAUGGACCUGACCGGCUUCUCAGACCCGUACGUGAAGGCGUCCCUGGUGUGUGAUGGACGCAGGUUGAAGAAGAGGAAGACGUCCAUUAAGAAGAACACUCUGAACCCCACCUAUAACGAGGCUCUGGUGUUUGACAUUCCUAACGAGAACAUUGAGAGCGUCUCGCUCAUCAUCGCCGUCAUGGACUACGACUGUAUCGGCCAUAACGAGGUGAUCGGGAUGUGCCGCGUGGGCAGCGACGCCGAAGGUCCUGGCAGAGAGCACUGGACGGCCAUGUUGUCCAACCCGCGUAAACCCAUCGAGCACUGGCACCAGCUGGUGGAGGAAAAAUCCAUUAACUCGUACGUGUCGAAGAGCGCUGCAGCCUCGCCGAAACCGCACAUCGUAGUGGACAGUCCUCACUCUGACUAGACACGCGGGUCUGCGUUGUCAUUGCUCCAGACGUUCAUCUUUUCCUCUCAUCUGUGAAUAAAUCUCUCCAUCAAGCGAAAGAACCGGAAAACAGACGCCGAAAAACCGACACAACACACACACACCGAGUAGUCUAUAGACCCACACACACACACACACACACACACACACACACACAGGAGCAGCGAGGUGCAGCAGGUGUGACUUUAAACACAUGUUGGUUUCUUCAGGGGACAAAAAAAAAAAAACACGAUGCACAUUCCUGAAAGAUCUGAUAAUCCACAAAAUAUCUUUAUUUAGUUAUUUAAAACUGAGCCUGAGUGAAAAAAAAACAGAUUUAUAAAAGACGUCUUAAAUGUAAUUUCACUAUGGACCAUUAGGGGGUGUGUGUGUGUGUGUGUGUGUGUGUGUGUGUGUGUGUGUGUGUGUGUGUGUGUGUUUAGGCUGUAGUAAAUCACUAGAGUCAGUUUUCACAGGGAUGGGAAAAAAAAAUCUCCGGAGAGGAGGAUGCUGUAGUCUGGCGUCAGGAGGACGGAAAUGGAGGCGGGACCGGUGUCCCCAAACUCCUCCUCCUCCUCCCUCAUGCUCCGAGAACGACAACGAGCUUUUUAUUUUUCUAUCCAUCCAGCCAUGCAUCCAACCGUUUUGUUAAUCCAUGUAUCCAUGUUUUUGUAGAACGGACUGCGCUUGGAGCGAUGACCGGAGGAAGACCUUUUGAAGGGGGAAAAUAAAUAAAUAAAUAACUAAAUAAACAAAAACUGAACAUGCGGCGGAACUUUCCAGAGGAACUAAUGAUACGAUUUAAUCAAUAAAACGGAGGACCCUUAUCGGGGACGGAGAGCACUUUAGCGAUGGACCAGCGCCCUUUUUUUCUUUUUUUGGGGAGUAAAGGAUUCUGCCAUAGUGUUUUAUUUUUGUAUCAUUCCUUCAUUUUUGACCACGCCUCUGCAUUUCCUCGGAGAGACGCACGCACGCAUCCGUGAUCCUUUUACGUCCGUGUUCGUCGUACGGAGUGUUUUACUUCUCGGAGUUCGUUUUUUGCUUGCGUGUUGGCCUGUGCGUCUGUUCUGUCCGUCACCGUGCUCCUGUGUAUGACAUGUUUUCUGGCGCCUGACCUCUAAUCCUCUAUUCCUCUACCCCUAGACCCUGUUCUCACCCUGUAGCCCUGCCCACUGGCACUAGCUCCUCCCACAGCAGCUCUUGUUAAAGCGAAACGUGUCUUCUGUCCUGUGUCUUAGAGGAUCGGUUUCUUUGUGCUCUCUGUGUCUGAAGUCGGCGGCUACGAGGAAAAAUGGAAGGGGGGAAAAUGUGAUGAUUAUUUGAUUUUGGAAAUAUUUUUAUUCUGAUUAUUUUUGCCUGAAUGUGCUGUUCUGUUAGUGAACGUCUGCAGUAGAGCUGGACGAUAAAUCCAAAUUGUCCCUGAUGUCAUUCUGUCCGUUUUGUUUUCCGUGUGUUUUAUACAGAAAGAAGAAACAGGUAACUUUCAGCUGCUUCACCAGCAGCCAAUCAGAACGAAGGUGCAGCGACCAAUGAAAACAGAGAGGAGGCGGGGCUUGAAAAUAAAUCUCUCCUGCUGUUUCUCUAUCUAUCUAUCUAUCUAUCUAUCUAUCUAUCUAUCUAUCUAUCUAUCUAUCCCUCACUCUCUUCUUUCUCUUUAUCUCUUCCCCAUGCUCUGUUAUUCUCUCCCCCCUUCUCUCUCCUUCCUUUCAUUACCCAUUUUAUUUCCCCAUCACUCUCUAUCUAUUCAUCCCCGCCCUUCUCUCUCAUUCUUCUACCUUUCAUCCUCCUUUUCUUCAUCUCUUACCUACUUUUUUCUCCAUCACUCACACUCCAUCUUUCCUUCUCCUUCCUCUUCUCUUGUUCUGGCACUCUCAUUAUCAUUCACUCCUUCUUUCUCGAUCACUCUGUAUCAUUUCCUGUUCUUUUUAUUCCUUCCACUUUCUCAAUUCUCUGUUUGUCUUUAUCCUUCUCUCUAUCUCUCUCUCUUCUGUGUUUUUGUCCUCAGGUCUGCAUCAUCGUUUCUCAUCUAUUUUAUGUAAAUAUAAUGAGGAAGUAACUUUACUGUGGACCAAUAGGGUGUGUGUGUGUGUGUGUGUGUGUGUGUGUGUGUGUGUGUGUGUGGUUUGGGGGCGGGGCUUAUCAUCGCUUAUAGUCCUCUCAGCUCUGAUCCGUGUGUUAAACAAAUCCUUCCUAAUUAUCAUUUAUUAAAAAUCAUAUCGUCCAGCUCUAUUCCUUACAAACAUGAGACAGAGACCGAUGGGGACUCUUUCUUUCUUUCUCUUUGUCAUCAUCAUAGAUCACAGAUUGCUGUCUGUUUGUCUGAAACCUAGUCCAUCACUCUUUAGUUCUUAACUCGAGUCUAACGUUGCUAAUGGACGGUUAUAAAGCUUCACAGUUUCACAGACUGGAUGUUUCUCCAGAUGGAGAGCUGUGAAGAAGCUAGCGUGCACAUGGCAGCCCAGCAGGAGAGGUGCUGCUAACACGCUAUGGAGUGCUGCAGGCUCUUUACUAGUACCUAGAAUAACAGAGUCAAGCAGGGGGGAGGAGGGUUUUCGGAGCGGUGGAUUCCGGAGCAGUACAGCGGCGAGCAUGCUCCGUUUUCUUUACGCAAGAAAGUAAAAAUAAAAAGAAAUAAGAAAUGAAAACCCAUAAAUUAGCAGCUGGUCAGUGAGAGCGGGACUCAAGCACUCAAAAAAGAAAUUAAAAUCCAUGUGAAAAGAGAAAAAGAGUGAAAACGAGGUUUUUUUAAUAUCCUUAUAAAUAUAGUAAGAGAUCUGGGUAUGUGGGCGGGGCCUUACUGCCACACUAAUAUCUGUAGAUUGCUAGUUUGCGCUUGCUAACCUGUCCGCGUCGAUUGCUAGCGAUUUUUAAUAAGUUGUUUACAGAGUAACGGAAAAUUGUGGAGUUUCACAAAAACACAAUUUAUUAAGAAAAAAAGGCGUGACUCGAUCUUCACUGUAUCAGUACGAACGAGUUGUGUGUGUGUGUGUGUGUGUGUGUGUGUGUAUAUAUAUAUCAUAUAUCAAUGUUCUAGUUUUUCCAACACACACCAACAUGAGAUUGAUCCUCUGAAUCAAAGGACAUUGUCAUUUCCUGUUUUCGUUUCUCUCUCUCUCUCUCUCUCUCUCUCUCUCUCUCUCUCUCUCUCUCUCUCUCUUUCCCUCUCUAUCUCUCUCUCUCCCUCUCUCUCGCUCUCUCCCUCUCUC